CUCCGCCGCGCAGGAACGGGUCCCUGCAGCCCCCUGCCGAUGGCAGGACAGUAGCCGCCUGUCAGGGGUCGCGAAGAGCUGAGGCAGACGCGGCGGCUCCUGGGCCUCAGAGAGUGGGUGUCUCCGGAGGCCAUGGGCUACCCGGAGGUGGAGCUCAGGGAACCCCUGCCCGCGGCAGCCCCGCGGGAGCGCGGGAGCCAAGGCUGCGGCUGUCGCGGGGCCCCUGCCAGGGCUGGCGAAGGGAACAGCUGCCGGCUCUUUCUGGGUUUCUUUGGCCUCUCGCUGGCCCUCCACCUGCUGACGUUGUGCUGCUACCUAGAGCUGCGCUCCGAGUUGCGGCGGGAACGGGGAGCCGGGUCCCGCCUCGGCGGCCCCGGUAUCCCCGGCACCUCGGGCACCCUGAGCAGCCCUGGUGGCCUCGACCCCGACGGUCCCAUCACCCGCCACUUCGGGCAGCCGUCCCCGAGGCAGCAGCCGCUGGAACCGGGAGAAACUACGCUCCCCCCAGACGCCCAGGACGGGCACCAGAUGGCCCUUCUGAAUUUCUUCAUCCCUGAAGAAAAGUCAUACACUGAAGAGGGAAGUAGGCGUGUUCGCCGCAAUAAAAGAAGCAAAAGCAGUGAAGGAGCAGAUGGUCCAGUUAAAAACAAGAAAAAGGGAAAGAAGGCAGGACCUCCUGGGCCCAACGGCCCCCCAGGACCUCCAGGACCUCCAGGACCCCAAGGACCCCCGGGGAUUCCAGGGAUUCCUGGAAUUCCAGGAACAACUGUUAUGGGACCACCUGGCCCUCCAGGUCCUCCUGGUCCUCAAGGACCCCCUGGUCUCCAAGGACCUUCUGGUGCUGCUGAUAAAGCUGGACCUCGAGAAAACCAGCCAGCUGUGGUACAUCUACAGGGCCAAGGGUCCGCGAUCCAAGUCAAGAAUGAUCUUUCAGGUGGAGUGCUCAAUGACUGGUCUCGCAUCACCAUGAACCCCAAGGUGUUUAAGCUACACCCCCGCAGUGGGGAGCUGGAGGUACUGGUGGACGGCACCUACUUCAUCUAUAGUCAGGUAGAAGUAUACUACAUCAACUUCACUGACUUCGCCAGCUAUGAGGUGGUGGUGGACGAGAAGCCCUUCCUACAGUGCACCCGCAGCAUCGAGACGGGCAAAACCAACUACAACACUUGUUACACGGCGGGCGUCUGCCUUCUCAAAGCGCGGCAGAAGAUCGCCGUGAAGAUGGUACACGCCGACAUCUCCAUCAACAUGAGCAAGCACACCACCUUCUUCGGGGCCAUCAGGCUGGGCGAGGCCCCUGCAUCCUAGAUCCCCCCCAGCCCCAUUUUGCCCCUGCCAGUGCCCCUACCCCAGGUUAAGGAGCUGAGACUCCCAGAAUCUCUGAGUGCUGCUCUGGAGUGAGGUGUGUGGCUGCGGCAGCCGCAGAGAAAAAUGCCCCAGUGCUAUUUAUUCCCCGGUGACUCCAGGAUGAUACGGCCUGCUUGACUUUCCAGAAUGACCCUAAGUGAACAGGACAGUUGAUGGAGCCCCAGGGUUGACAUGAAGCAGAACCUUCCUCCUUGGCUCCGGGUUGACUGCUUCUGCCAUGACUCUUCAACCUCGAGGUCCCUGGUGUCAUUUUGUUGCACUAAAGUGAGGGGCUCUGGCAGCAGGCAAGAAAUAGCAAAGGUGUAGCCCAGACUGUGGGGCGAGCCUCUGACCUCGAAGGGUGGGCACGGGGACAGCGGUAGGUCGGGAGGGGAGCACUGCAGCCUUAGGAGAGGGGCAGGCAGGGAAAGGCAGGUGCUUGCGGCAGAGACCAAGGGAGAAGCCUGCCAGACGGUCUUCCCACUCUCGCUGAGUGGAGUCCCAGGAGCUGGUGGGGCUCUGGGGACAGGAGGUUUGCUUUCCCUUGGAGCAGUUGCAGAGCAUGGCCAUAAACCUUCCUGCAUAGAACCAGAGGCCAUGCUUGGGGCCACAUGUCUCUCACUUUGUUUACAGCUGUGCUCCAAGCUCAGAAAACUCCCUGGUUCCUGCCCAACUGCCCCCUUCCCAGCCUGGCGAGAGCUCCCAUUUUCUUCCUCCUCAGAGCCUACCUCUGUCUGAGACAGGUGCCUAUCCUGGGACCUGUGUGUAUGUGAGUCUGGGAUACUCUUUAGAUUAACUGGGCACAAAAGGAACUUUCCAUUUUUUAAGUGACACAAAUAUUCAUCUAGUCAAGUUGUGUCUGGGGGCAAAGGGUUGGACUGGAUGACCUCUGGAAGUUCCUUCAAAUUCUAAUGUUUGGGCAGCUGCCAUGCUAGCCUGCUAAAAUUCCCAGACCCUAGACUGACCCUGGGCAUCGGCAAGGCAGAGCCUUUCUACCUGACCCAGAAAGGGCAAGAACUGGGGAUAGGACAGGGUUUUCUUCAAGUGUGUUGCAACCCAAGUGGUCAUUAGCCCAAGCCUUGCCUGAAAGGACAGCAGCCGACGCCCUACUAACCACCCCACUCCUUUCUUCUCUCUGGUUCCGGAAAACCACAGCACAGCAGAGACCAUAGAUUGCAGUGCUGCUCCCCUGCACCCAGGCUCAGGAGGCGGCAGCGUCUAGGAGGCUCUGCCCUCUAGUCAGGCCCAAAGACACCUUCCCCCCAACCCCAAGCUUCCCGUCGAAUCAUAUGAUGGGAUCAUUCAAGGGCCUUAUUUCUAACUGCCUGGGCCCAGUCUAGGUGCUGGGUCUAGCCCAAAGCUGGGAGGGCCAGCCUUGUAGAAUCUGCUACUCUUACUUCUGAAACAAGUUUCCUUUUGAGGAGAGCGGGAAUAAGCUCCUUCAGGCAGCUGAAAUCUACCAGGACCAACAGGUACCCAUUUAUCUGUUGUGCCUUUCCUUUCUAAGCAGCUACACUGCUUGGCCCUUCAAGGGUCAGGGCAAGAGGCGGGUGAGCCAUGCCACCAUCGUCUGGUUGCUGGUGACAGCCUUGCCACCUCAGGUGAGGCAAACUUGAGACGUGUUUGGCCCCAGCUCCUAUAAAGUGCCUUAGUGCUCAGUUACAGCAGGAUCUGAUGAGAACCUCUCCUCAAAGUUUGCAAAGUGCUUUCUCUCUUAUCUCCUUUGAUAAUAUUGCCCACCCCAUUGUUUAGAUGAGGCUCAGAGAGGUUAAGUGCCUUGACCAGGAUCCCACUCAGCUUGUCACAAACCUGGGCUUUCAACCAGGUCUGAUUGCAAAGCUAUUCUGUUCUGCCCCAGCAUUUUGUUAAAUUUGGAAUUCAGAGAGAACCAAUACAAAUGGUAAUAUGGACCCCAAAUCCUUGAGGGACCUAGGGAGAAACCCAGAGAGGGUUGUUUUCAUUCCUUGAUGGUAAUGCCUCUUGGCUGCCAGGGGCUCUGGGGCAAAAGAUUAGUCUGUCUCUUUGGGGAACAAACAUCAGCCUUGGAGCUCUUGUGUUCAGAAGAACCGUCUUGGUACCAUGUCCAAGCAGCAGGCCUCCAGUACCCACAGGAUGGAUGCCCCUCCUGUUUUUCCAUCCACCCAAUGAACCAAAUAAUCAUUGUGUAUGGAGCCCCUACUGUGGACCAGGGCUUCCUCUGGUUACCCUUCAGACAGUUUACAGGAGCUGGCCGCUUCCUGCAGUUCCUAAGUGACUCCUUAUCUCUUUCUGCCAUACCACAGAGACCUCUGUACUACCAGGAUCUCUCAGGGAUGCAGGGAAGACCCGAGAGAGGUCUGGUUCUAAAGCCAAAAGGGUGUGAGACGAGGGAAGGAAAAGGCUUCCUAAUUUUGCCCCUAAAGGACAUUCUGACACCCACCAUAUUCUCCAGAUAUGGAGGGGAUUAGAGGGGAAAUAGGGCGCCCACAGGACUCCUUUAUUCAUUGCGACCCCUCAAAAGGAACCCCGGAGGGAGAGGGGUGAUGGGGAAAGCAAGAGGUUGCUGCAGAGUUAUUGAAGCAGUUUACUCUUAAGAGAAUGUGGAACUAGAGUCACACCUUGGAAUUAUGUCAAUGUGGCUUUACCAGAAGGCCAAGGCUAGCACAGAGAAUAGGAUGGAAACAUUUGUGAACACGCGGAUGACACAGGUUUGAAGGAGAAUUGCGUGGCGGGGGCUUUGCCAGCUGCUACGGCUUCAACGGCCAAAGCUGGCACAAAAGGCAGCUGUUGGGGGCUGCUCAGCCACUGGCUCCUCGGAAAGUGUCAUCUUUGCCUUAUUUUCCCCUUCAUCCAUCCUGAGCCAAAUUUCUUUUGAUGCGCAGUAAAGGGCUAGGAGCCUUGGAGGUGAACAAAGACGUUGAGCCACGUGUGAGUGUAUGCAAAUAGAUUCAGAGAAAUCUAGAGUCCGAGAGGCCCUCAGGGGGAAUCUAGCCCAACCUACGUUCUACCCCAUGUUAAUCAUGUGGUAAGUGAGGCCCAGAGAGGGAAGGUGACCUGCCCGCGCGGUGAAGGAGCCCCAACCUCCAGACUCCGCAGAGUGGGGAACAGUCCAUGUCCCACGCAGCCCCCUUUUUUCUGCCACCCACAGACUCAAGGCCGGACGUGCUUGGCCCCCUUCAGGAGCCUGGCCAGGCAGGAAAAGCAUAGCCACAGCCUUGGUCACGGUGCUUCCUUCCCCAGGGCACUCUCCCAGCUUCGGCCUCUGAUGGAAGGCUCCGGAUGGGCCCAACACCAGAGAGUGCUGAGGCCACCCUGGCACUGCCUCAGGCCCUGUCCCUGCCUGGAGGCUGCCCUAGGCCAUGUGAGCACAAAGAAGGAACUGGAUGUUUUGUUUUGUUUUGUUUUGUUUUUGGUCAUCCACUUCAGGGCUCUCUCCAAGUGGAGUUGGGAUAUGUCAUUUCUUUAGUUAGGAAUCUU